UUAUAUUUCUAGAUUACAAAAAAAGACUUCCAAACAUGUGCGACAAGCAAAUGACUGCAAACGAUCGAGCUGUGCUAAAUCGGAUUCUCAAUCCACUGAUGCCUCUAGACACGCCGAAUAGUAAUGCCGAAGUGCGGAUUGCCGAAGAUGAACCAAUCACGGCAAAAGGAAUAGAGGAAUCACGAAAACUGGAGAAAGAAGGGGUCGAGUUGGCAGAGGGAGGCGACUUAGAAGGAGCUUUGCGAAAAUUCGAUGAAGCGAUCGAGAAGUGUUCGGUGAACCCGUCUGCAUUCAAUAAUCGAGCUCAAGCAUUACGACUUGCUGGAAAACAUGAUGAAGCCUUACUCUAUCUGGAACAAGCCAUUACCUUGAGUAAAGGCAUUGGUAAAAGUGCAUGCCAAGCCUUUGUACAACGUGCGAUGAUACGCAGGCUACACGGUGAAGAUGAACUUGCCAUGGCAGAUUUUCAAAAAGCUGCCGACAUGGGAUCGCCAUUCGCAAAGAUGCAGGUGGUAGCUCUGAAUCCGUACGCAGCAAUGUGCAACAAAAUGCUGAGCGAAGUUUUCAAUAAUCUCAAGCAAGGGAAAGCAGAACAAUGAUCUAACAAUGUGUGAUGUAGCUUACAAUAACAGCAUAAUAAAAAAGCAUG